AUGGCAUCACAUUCUUUGCAACAAGAAAAAGGCAAUCAUGGUGAUGAUACUAAAAAUAUUGUGUUGAAAAAAGGAAAAUGGCUACCUGAAGAAGAUGCAUUAUUAAGAGAUUAUGUGGAAAAAUAUGGAGCUAAAAAAUGGGAUAAAGUACGAGAGAAAAUAAAACUCAAUAGAGAUGGAAAAAGUUGUCGUUUUAGAUGGUUAAAUAGUCUAAAACCAAGUUUGAAAAGAGAUCCAUUUAGUGAAGAAGAAAUACAAAAACUUGUUCGUCUCUAUUGUGAGUUAGGACCUAAAUGGUCUCAAAUGGUUUCACAGAACAAUAAUCUUUUGCAUUGA